AUGAUCGAGUGGACUCUCUCCAAUGGUUUGUUGCCUUGGCUGACUGCAGCUAUAUGUCUUCUCAUCGCUUCUCGCGCGCCGUCGAUUCUUUCAUCAUCUUCGGGCUGCUGGCUAUGGACGCAGCGCAGGGUACCAGCGAGGAUUAUGGGUGCAGAAGAUGUGCCGACGCUUGACGGAAAUGACAUCUACUAUGAUGGGACGAGAUGGCCACAGUAUGAGGCGAGGUUCAACCUGAGGCUAUCCCGACUGUAUGGACCCGUGAUCCGCCUCAGGCUGAGACCCAAAAACCCUCUAGCUCGGUUAUUCCAGCGGAUCAACACCUGGAUCUAUCCAGGAUGGCGCCACACAGGCACUACCAUCCUCAUCAACUCCUUGGCAGACAACGAAAGCACCCUAAAGAGACUCCUCACUUCGUGCACGUCUCGAGCCCCGUCCAUCGCGGCGGGGAAGUACCUCAGCGGCGGGCAGAGGAUCGUCCUGCAGCCCUACGGCCCAGACUGGACCCGCCACCGAAAGGCCUUCUCCCUGCUCCUGACGAGGGACCAGAUCAGGACCAGGUGGGCCAGGGCCCUGCGGCUCGAGGCCAUGGUUAUGGUCGACCGCAUCGCCAGACUGGAUCGGUACGACCCGCCAGAACAACAACAGCAACAAACGCGCUGCACAGAGCUAGUUGAUGAAGUCUCGCGUUUCACGGCGUCGAGUGUCCUCCAGAUCGCUUAUGCCCGCAGGGCACCUACGCCAGAGGACCCGGUCCUUAAGGAGCUCGAGGUCGUGUCGAGGAACAUCGCCAGCGCUUUCACGCCGGGGAGAUACUGGGCGGAUGCCUUUCCUAUCCUGGACAUCUUCCCUGCUUUCCUGUCGCCUUGGAAGAGAAAGCUCAAGGCUGACCACGUGUUCGAGAGCGGUCUCUUUAACCGUUUGCUCCGGGUCGUCGAGGACAGGCUCGCCAGUGACAGGGUCAGCGGAAACACGGGCGAGAUAUCUGUGGAUGAGUGUGGGGCCGCACAGCUCUUGCGCAAGCAACAAGACGACCAUUAUCUGGGGAGGGACGGCGUGGCGUAUCUUGCUGCCGGACUGUUUGAGGCCGGCACGGAGACGACAGCCAUGAGCAUCAACACGUUCCUCCUCGCUGCGGCAUGCUACCCAGAGGUUACUCGCAGGGCACAGGCCGAGAUUGACAGCUUAUUGAAGGACAGAGAUGACGAUGUUGAGGGGCACACGCUCACCUUUGAUGAUCUAGAAUAUCUGCCGUACCUGGCUGGUGUCGUCAAAGAAACGCUGAGGUUGACGCCCACAGGGAGCUCAGGGGUUGGGCACACGCCCACGACGGCAGAGCCUCUACUAUGCGACCUCAAGAAUAAGGCCGGAAAGACACUAAGGAAAUUAUACAUAGCACCAGGGGCGACAGUCUUGGCCAACAUAUACGGACUCCACCGCGACGCAAAGGCCUAUCCUGACCCGUGGUGCUUCCGUCCCGACCGAUGGCUUCCCUCUUCCUGCUCCUCCUUUUCCGCGGGGAACGACAAUGACAAGGCUGGUGAUAGCAGCAGAUAUACGAAACAAAAAGACGGCCGUCCUCGCAUCUCCCUAGACCACACUCACGCAAACUUCGCGUUUGGCUUCGGGAAGCGCAUCUGCCCAGGGGGUGCACUGGCGUCCUACUCCCUGUCCAUGGCGCUGGCUCUCCUCCUGCUGCACUUCGACUUUGAGCUGACUGGGGCGGCACGAGCUCUGUGCGCCCAGAUGGAGAGCCAGAACCGCAAGGAAUAUGACGCGUGGACACGGCUCUUCCCGAUCCGCGGACAGGAGGUGCUGGAAGCGGAGUGCCUGUGGAGGGAGGAUUAUGAGGAUGAGAGAGAUCGCAUCGGCAAGGUGCUUAUCGACGCGUACGUUACCUUCAAGCUCUCCCGCGGACAGCUGGACAGGUGCCUCCGGUUGAGGCCGAGGAGAACGCAUGUGACACGAGAGGUCUUGACGAAAAUGUAA